AACAUACAAUACCCAAAGGGCCUCUCUGCUUGUACUUCCAAUCAUGAGUAUUAUCAAUCAAAAGUGAGGAAGAGAGAAGACGAUUCAUCUGAUGCUGGGAAGCUGACUAGAGAUUCCAGAGGAAACAAGAGAGAACGAAAGCGUUCGUAACCGAAGAGAGAGUGUCUCUACGCUUGACGCGUGGCAACGAAGAGGCGGGCCUUCUACGCCUUACGGAAGAGGCGAGUCUAUGCUUUCCUUCUUUUUUUAUUAUUUUUUUAAAAAAAUUUGCCUUAAGAGGCGUCAUUAAAACUUGCGUUAAUGAUGGUCUAAGAAUAUAUAGUUUUCCACAAAACUGAAAAAUCAGAGUUCUAACCAAAAGAAGAAAAAAAAACAAAUCAGUACCAUGGUUGGCAUUUUCUCCAUAUUUUCUGUUAGUAGAAGCGGCCAUAGGAGAACACAAAGUGGCAUCGAUGACAGGGGAGCAUUGCCUCCAAAUACUGAUCUUGUUGCUUCACUUAAUAACCUAGCCGAUUCAACUCAUGGGAUCGAAGUAGCAACAGAGUUCGAACCGCUGGAACACCCGAUUGAGCCCUUGGACAAUGAUCAACCCAUCCAGUGUCCACUCCCUGAGCCAUCCAUUCUCAAUGAUGGGAGAAUAUGGAAAGAGAGAGUGUUGGCUUCAAUGAGGAGACGAGGCGAGUUGGCCAUUGCUCAAGAUGGAGUAGAUGUAGAAUCUAAUGGCUCUGUGACAAAACCAUCGCUGACUAGCCAAUGCAAUCUCAACCGUCGGUUCUCACCAUCUCUUAGUGCUCCUGAACACCACAUGCUUAAUCUACUAGAAGAAUGCAAAGCUUCUGGUACAAUCUAAAGACCACCAAUGCUCGUCAAAACCAAAUCAUGUUGUAUGUUAUACUCUGAAGAACUAAAACUGAUGGUUACUUCGAUUAAUCCCAUGUCAACCAAAAAUUACUUAUGAGGUUAAGAUCAUCAAACAUAAACCUUAUCAAGACAUAGUUUAUCACCGUGAUAAUUAGUACUAGUUUUAAAAACAUAAAUAAGAUUAUGAUAUAAGGCCAUCAUAUAUCAGUUUCUGAGUGCAAACUUGUUUAUGCCAUAGGCCCAUAGGUAGAAAAAAUUAACUUGUAAAAACAUGUAGAAAAUUAUAACACGUAUAAAGCCAUCAAUUUGCUCCGUUUGCAUAAAAAUCUCACAUGCAAACUUGUUUAAACAAUUGCUAGAGGACAUUGUUUAGGCGACCUCAUCUCUAAAAUUAUCACCAAAGCCGAGCAAUGUCAAGUGGAUUGUUUGUUAUUUGUUAAACGUAUACUACAUAGAGAUAGAGACAGUGCACAUAAUAUUUUCACGUUUCCAUAUAUUAAUGUGAUGCUGACUAUAUUGGUUUUUAAUUUUUAUAUCAAAUUAAGAAUGAAAAUGAUAUUCAUAUAUACCCCACAAUUAUCUGAUCAAAAUUAUUAUUUUUAUCUCAUCAAUAAUAAAUGACACUGGCACUAGUUGUAAUUAAUAUUCUUUAGAAAGUCAAGGGUAAAUUCAAAAAAAAAUUCUUGUUAUAAUAGUAUUGAUAUAUAAAUAUGAAAACAUAUUUUCAUAAAUUUUUUUAAUUAAUUCAAAAAGCCAAUUGAUAGUGUAGAAUAACCCCAGGGAUUAGCCCGAAGAACUACUACCACCAAUUGACAAUCUGAUAGAAGGAUUUACACCUUUAUAUAUCAAGUUAAAUUUUUGAUAAUUUUCGAUGUGGGAACUACAGUUAUCAUAUCAGAUUUUGGCCCACUUUUGCUUUUAGGUCUCUAUCACCACGAUGUUACCACAAUCUUUCAAAUCAUAAUAUGCUGCUUUCUUCUCGAGAUGCCAACGAGUUAGGCUCAAAAUCUAGACAUGCGUGUUUUCUAUAUUUCAAGUUGAAUCUUCUGAACUCCACAUCAUUACGUUAAGCCAAAACCCGAUCUCUGUUCAUAGUCUUUUUCUCUAUUAUAAUUCUCUUUACUAGAUUUUAAGCUAUUCUUGAAUUUAAGAUUCUUUAUUUAUCCUUAAAGUGUUUGCUAACAGUUGACAUGAACUUUGUCCUAUGAUCAGGAUGAGAGGAAAGCAUUGCGUCAAAAUACUGAUCUUGAUACUGAACAGUUGACAUAAACAUCGAGCCAAAUCAAAUCAAAUCAUGUUGUAUGUUAAUUAUAUACUCUACAGAGUUAAGUGUUGUUCAUUUGCUUAUCAUUGUGAUCCAUCCGGAUAAAGUUGCAAAUCGAUGUUCAUUUAGUGCAGUUAAAGGCAACAACCAGAAGGAUCAUGCUCUAUGGAUCAUAAAAGAUCUAUCCUAUACUAAAAGGAGCAAAUAAAGCCCUCUUAAGGCCUCCACGUCAGACUGAAAAUUCAGCCAAUCACGUUGCAGCAUUUCCUCCACGUCAGACAAUAGACUCGCGGUUUGGGCUUUUGUGGUCUUUGGUUUUGUAGUUCGAGUUCCAUGCUCUGCACCGAUGAUCGAUUUGUUCUUCACAAACAAACGAUUGAUGGUCAAUUGACUUUCACGAUGUGGAGUGAAACGAAUCGUCAUGGAAAAUCUCUUGAGUUAAAUUUCCAUUGCGUCGUUUUGUAUUUCCUUUAAUUAAUGUAAAUGUCUUCAUCUUCUAUAUUUUCUCUCUCAGACCUUCAAACUCUGCAACAAUGGAUUCCACGGACUCUCAUAUCCUCCCAAUCUCCACUUCCCAAACCGUUCCCUCCGCCGCUCCUUCUUUCGUAGAAUCUCAACCACAUCGUAACCCAUGUGUUCUCGCCUUCAUCAACCGAGUUUCAGAAACUGUCACAAUCGGAUCUUUGUGCUUUUCCUCACUGAUGUUGGAUCUUUUGUCUCGGCUGUUAUGGUUCCCUUUGGUAAAAUUGUCCGAUGUAGGAGUGUUCGGGUAACGAUCAAUGAUCUCUAUCUUUUCGAUCCUCAUUGUUUAACCUAUCUGGAUAUUUUGUUUCAUGCCCUAAUUGUGUAUAGCAAUAUGUGCUUUAAAAGAAGUCACUUGCAGUGGAAGUUUGAGUUCAGGCUGGAUGCAAAUUUAAUCAAAUAAGAUAUAUAUUUUUCUCUGCAGGGAAAGAGUUUGUUUACCUCGUGAAAAAAAAACAAAUGAUCGGUUGACCGGAUGGGUUCUGCAUCGACGGUUCUACACUGGGUGCAUGAGAAUCUGAGCAAGAUAGAUGAAAAGAGUCUCUCUUUCUGCAGCCGGAGAUGGUUGUAUUGCAAAGGUAACUUCCACCAAGGAAGCCCAUUUAUUCAUUCAUAUAGAGAAAAAAAAUUUCAUAGGCUACAUCUUUGACCUUAUGAGUCAAACUGUGUACUUCUCAAUCCUAGAUGAUAGAAAAAUGAAGAACCCGAAGUAGCAAGGAAGGUGCGUAUCCAACUUUUUAGUAACCUUUUUCUUAAAGACAUGAGAUACAUUUUGACAUAGAUUGCAAGAACAGAUGUUGAGCUACAAGAACACUUCAACACUGACUCUGUCUUUACUCUUGCUCAUCAAAAAAUUCCUUCCACUACUCCGAUUCUCUUUAUGUAAGCUAUUUUCUUAGUAUUUUUGAGUUUCUUGCUAAUCGUUAUAAAUAUUAUUGAUUAUCCCAUAUUCUCCCAACAUUGUCAUGUUGCGGUACCACCACUCGGAUUAUUAUUUCCCCUUAACCUGCAAUGCUUUCUAUUUUAUUGUUUAUUUUUACUGAUUUUAUUGUGUCUUUGUAUUUGAUUCACAUGUAAUAAGAAAAGAGUUUUGGCUACCUGGCUCAGGGCCUGAUUUCGGUGUGCCGCCUUUCUCCGGUAUCAUUGCUGUUAUCCUUUUAAAGAUUUUAUUAGCUCUUCAAGCUUUGUUAGAAACCAACAUGAUCAAAAUCAACCAACCGUGACCAGGAACCAGUUUUUGGCAUCAGCUUAUUUCAAACCCUGAAACUGCAAAGUUUUCUUUUGUCUUGGACUAAUAUUUUCAUGUAAUGACAGUCUUAGCAAUGUGGAUUGCAGCUGCGCUUUGGGAACUUUAAGUUUGUGUAAAGAUCAAGAAGUUGCUUAACUCUAAGCCAAAGCUAAUCUUAAAUUACACAAGCAAAGCCAAGGCUAUCACUUCUCAUUUAGUCCUCUUUUCAGUUUUCAUAUGUAGUGGUUUCGAAGAGAUCAGUGUAUUCAUCUUCUAAGCUGGGAAAAGACUGAUACAAGCUGAACUAAAGAAGUAUGUUCCUCUUAUAGCUCCAGAGGUUUUGAAUGCUUAAGAUAAGGAUGAAAAGAUCUAUGAA